GUUUCCACUACUACAAGACAACACACAAUAUACAGCAGUACUACACAAGCCUCCGCGGAGCGGAACAGACUGCAUAUUCACGGACGAGCAUAUCCAUUUUCAGUACCGUUUUUGAUUGUAACAACAUGUAGUUCAUGACAGAAGAAUCCGUUAAGACUGUAUUAUCAUCGUUAGCUUGGCUUUCUAUUAUAAGCAAAGGGGAUUCCAUCAGUGGCUAACGGCUAUCAGCUCUAACAACAGAGGUUCACCAGAGAUGAGCAAAUAAAAGUAAUGCUCCUCCACAGCGUAUGACCAAAGGCAUUAUCGAGCGGUAACAGGACUGCUAGGACUCGACGUCAAGAUGAUGAAGAAAAAAAAGUUUAAGUUCAGAGUUGAUUUUGAGCUGGACGAGCUGUCGUCGGUUCCGUUCGUCAACGGAGUUCUAUUCUGUAAAGUCCGCCUGCUUGACGGCGGAUUCUCGGAGGAGUCAUCGCGUGAGACGGUCCAGGCAAACUGUGUACGCUGGAGAAAAAGAUUCUCCUUCCCCUGUAAAAUGAGCGCUAAUGCUGGAACCGGUGUCCUUGACCCCUGUGUUUGUCGAGUUUCAGUCAGAAAGGAACUGAAAGGUGGAAAGACUUAUGCAAAGUUGGGUUUUGCCGAUCUCAACCUGGCGGAGUUUGCAGGAUCAGGUAGCACCACACGCAGGUGUCUGCUGGAGGGGUAUGACACCAAGAACACUAGACAGGACAACUCCAUCCUUAAGGUGAUUAUCAGCACACAGCUGAUGUCUGGGGACCCCUGUUUCAAAACGCCUCCAUCCACCGCAACGGUAAUAGGCAUUCAGGGUGAUGCAGAGAGCCUGCUGGAAGACAGGAAAGGAGGAGACACACAGAAACCUUUUCUGAGUCUCUCAGAGACAUCAGGGAAGUGUGGCUCUCUGCCCGAUGAGCUCGGGCUGUGCGGACAUUCUCGAACGUCCAGUUACGCUAGUCAGCAGUCCAAAGUAUCAGGCUAUAGUACAAGUCACUCACGUUCCUCCAGUCUGUCGGAGUUCUCCCACAGGAGGAACACCUCGAUCGGCAGUGCUUCCACCGGCAUUGCCAGCAUCCCUGAGCCCAGUGAGGAGAGUGACCAAACUACAGUGCCCCCUACAGCCCCGGGGGUCUGCGCUGCUGUGCCUGAACACCCAUCAACCCCUGACAGAGCUGCCAGCAGGUACCCAGUGAAACAAGACUCAAUGGAGUCUCAGCUGAAAAGGGUGGAUGCCACACGGGUGGAUGCCGUUGAUGUGGUAGAGAAGAUUCUUCAAAGCCAGGAUUUCACUCACAGUCUGCUAGACUCCAGCGCUGAAGAGGAAGGUCUGCGUUUGUUUGUGGGUCCUGGUGGGAGCACAGCACUUGGUAGCCAUCACCUUCCUGCCAGGGUUGGAGCUGGUGCCUACGAACAGGUGGUCAUUAAACGCUAGAGUUGGGAGAUGCCAGAAGGAGAAGUGUCAAAAACCAAAGUCUGUUUCGUGGGAGGAGAAAGGGACGAAGAGAUUCAGACAUGUUCGUCUCCUCUCACAUUAGGAGUGUUUAUCACAACCUGUUUCAUGCUUUCCAUGGAAUGGUGUCCUCUGCUGGCUCCAUAAAGAACUGACAGCUCCUCUGUAUGAGGCUGCCAUUAUAGCAGUGUCUGUGUUUCACUGUGAGGUAAAGGUUGUCUCCUAUUACGCCCUUUUUUUCCCUCUAUUUUCCUUGCUGAAUUUUUUAAAAAUAUAUAUAUUUCAUAUUGUUGUUUUAGUUAGUAAGAUCUCUCUUUAUUUUUACCCAUGUUUACAUGUCUGUGAGCCAUUUUAGGGGUCUGUCAGUAACAUUUGAUGGAUUGUAUACAUCUUUUACAGUACGUGUGAGGUGUAUACUCUCUGUGCAGAUGAAGGUGACCCCUUUACAAAUUUGUUUGUCAUCUCAUUACUGUCAGAAUGGAAAUCAAACAGUCCUCACCCACCCGCGGCAUCUCACUUUGUGCAUGUGAGAUGUGAUACAUUUUGACAGAUCGUUUUCAGACUUGAAAAAAAUUUCAUUUGAAUAGCACUUUGAAUUGAAGGACUUUACAUGCGCUUUCUAUGUAUCUCCAACAUUGUAGGGAGUUUUGAGGUUGAGCUGCUGAUUGGGUUAAACCAUACACGAAAAUGUGUAUUUCCUCUUUUUUCAUCAUCAAAAACAACUUUCGGCUCGAGAACUUAAAUGUAGAUGAAUCUCCUACAGCUGCAUUAUAUGUUGAAUGGGGACUACUUAAGUGAUUUUGCAGUUCAAUAUAUAGACACAUUAGCGACAUAAAAUCCAAGCAGCUGAAUAUCUAACAAGUACGUCUCUGGCAUCAUUAAUGACAUCUCGUAAAUGUAUUGGCUUUCAUGCAAGGACAAAAUGAGCCAAGCUGUUCUCAAGCUACAAUUAGUUACAUGGCAGCACAGAACGAAGCAUUUAACUAUUUCAGCAAUGCUUGAGCGUGUAGCUCUUCUUAUCCUCUCUAUAACACCACAAAAACUUUUUAUCCAUGUUUUUGUAGUUACUUGAUGUAUCACUAAAAUGAAGGUAUUUUAAAUGACUAUUUUCAUGGUAUCUCUGUCUGUAAGGUCAGCUCUAAAGCAUAUCAGAAUCAUACAUUAGUGCUUCUCUAGUUGUAUGUGACCGUACUAUGCCCAUAUCUUCUCAGAAGCCAUUCACUGUUUUAUUCAUAUAAACUCACUAGCCUCUGCGAUUUAAGUGUGUGAGGAUUCGCAGUUGAGCGAGUGUGUCUGCAAUCUAUUUGUAGCACUUGAUUAUCUCAUAACUGUCUAGAGUUAUAGUGUAGAAAUGCAUGGGUGUCACAUCUACUCAAUGUGUCCGAAGCAUUUUGUGUAUCUUUGCUAUUUCCAUCAGAUUGAUCCAGGUCUGUCGAUAUCCAAACACUAAAAAAAAACACUGAUGGGAAGCUUGGAUUCAACUCAGCCACACGUCUCAGGUUUAUUAUUUUAUCUUUCGCAAUUACUGCACUAAUAUCAAAGCACCACACUGCGAAUGUACGGAGCCCCUAAAGACCCAUGGUGAUAUGCAUUAAUAUGAGAUGGGAAGAAAAAACAUAUCAGUGCUUUUGCGGUCUCAAGCAAUCCAAAACAUUUGCUAACAGAAACUUUGUUCACUUGCAAAACCUUUGUGUUCACCCAAGACGCUAAAAGGAAACGCUAGAAAUUAAAAGUUUGUGAGUGAUAUAUAUAUAUAUAUAUAUAACAUUGAUAUAUACUUUUUAUUUUGUCCCAUCACGUUGUUCUUCAUCAUCAUGUCCCUUUAAGGGCUCCGUAGCGAAUGUUUGCAAAUACCAGUAUAUUUAGAGGUUCUCUGCGAUAUUUCAGCUUCAUUACUUUUCAUCAGACACUCAGUAAUAAGAGUUAUUUUAAACUUGAUUUUUAGUUUUUUAAUUGAUGUACUGCCAAAAUGAAAGACUAUUUUUAUGUAUUUGAGCUUUAGUGAUACUGAAAUUGUGUGAAGAUAACACUUUUUCCCCUCCGUGUUUCCUAAUUACUCUUACAUAACCUGUAAGUAGGUCCUGGUACUUUACAUGUUGUAAAAACAUGGUGGCUUUAUCUCUUCUGUGAAGUUUUGGUCCUUGUAAUUGUACUGUAUCUGAUGUUUAAAAGUGACAUUGCUGUUUUUGACUGUCUUGCAAUGUUGUGUUCUAACUUUUGACCAAUAGUGGCUUCCAUGCCAUGUGUUCUGUUAUGAUGCUGGUAAGGUAUGUACCAUUCACUGUUAAAUAAAACCACAUUUCAAA